AUGAAUUGUCUGGGCAGCAAAACGCAUAUCAAUCCUUAUUCCUUCUAUGAGCCCCACCUCGACGUGAAUGAGAAGUUUCCUCCCAUCGAGAUCUUCGAAUUCAGCGACCCAGGACUCCGGGCGGACCCCACCAAGCCCCACCUACUCACGUCUAGCGUCACAAAGAGGCACCUCAGCCCGUGUAUAGGGACAGAACUCAAAGGGGUGCAAAUCUCGCAACUUGGAAAGGAAGGGCUGGAUGAGCUUGCGCUGUUCGUUGCAGAAAGGAAGCUGGUUAUCUUCAGGGAUCAGGACUUCAAGGACAUUGGUCCUGAACGCCAGAUCGAAAUUGCGCGUCACUUCGGGCCCAUUCAGUGCCAUCCCACUUCUGCAAACGUGAAGGGCUAUCCUGAGUUUCACCUCGUCUUUCGUAAGACGGAUCUCUCUGACCAGGCAAAUCGCACUAGCUGGCAUACAGAUGUAACAUACGAGAGGCAGCCACCUGGUACCACCUUCCUCUUCAUCCUUCGCCAGCCAUCGCUUGGUGGAGACACGCUUUUUGCGAGUCAGGUCGAAGCCUACAACCGACUCUCUCCAGAGUUCCAGAAACGUCUCCAAGGAUUGACAGCCGUGCACAGCGGCGCCGUUCAGGCAGACAACGCCAAGAGGUGCGGCAGGCCUAUCCGUCGCGAGGCCAUCGAAACUGAACAUCCACUCGUCCGCCAGCACCCUGUCACGGGCGAGAAGGCGCUUUUCGUCAAUCACGGGUAUACUAAGCGUAUCGUCGGUUUCAAACCUGAAGAGAGCGAGUGCCUGCUAAAGUUCUUAUUCGAUCAUAUCUCUAAGGGAGCCGACUUCCACGUGCGCGCGACUUACGAGCCUGGCACUGUCGUCGUCUGGGACAAUCGUGUGACGGUGCACUCUGCAACGCGUGAUUUUCCACUUGACGAGGACAGGCUUGCUGUGCGUCUCACUCCACAGGCAGAAAUUCCCAUUCCGGCUUGA